AUGGGCACCAACUCAUCCAGAGCGAAGGGCGUCCCCGAGGGCGUGUCCGUGCAGGAGUACAUUGAUUCGCUCGUGAACGAGCACACGAUCACCGUGUUUUCGAAGUCGUACUGCCCGUACUGUCGCAGCGCGAAGAGCCUGCUACAGAAGGAGUACGCGGAUCAGGAUAUUGAGAUCGUCGAGCUCGACCAACUGGAAGACGGCUCCACAAUUCAGGACGCGCUCGAGGACAAGACCGGGCAGCGGACCGUCCCCAACAUCUUCGUUAAAAAGCAGCACAUUGGCGGCAACGACGACACCCAGGCCGCACACCGGGCUGGCAAGCUCAAAGAGCUGCUCGCGGUGUAA